UUUGCAUUUUCACCAAGUCUGCUACCUUCGUUCGACCGCCAUGUCUCGAUCCAUGAAGAGAAACAUUGGCGAGCUCGCCAAUCACCCAGCUAAUGACCAAGAGGCUAUCAGACAGCCUCAGUCUCCGCCAACGAAACGUCAAAAGACCGAGACUACCGAAGAGAAAACCGAUGCCGCCGCCUCUUUCUUAUGCAUGCCAGAACCCCCUUCUGAGCACAACGUGGUUCGCGAUAUGACUCCAUACUUCAAAUCAAACCCCGUCGAGCAGACCCCUCAGACUACUACCCCCGGAACCUCGGCCAUCUCACUACUCGUACGAGCUGAUAUUGGCCGAUUCAACCCUGACUACCUCGACGAGCGGGCUGCGGGCAUGGAGAUCCACGGCCGUAUCAUGGUCUUUACCGACGUGGACCUCUUCAUCGAGCACAUCGAGUCCUUCCUCCAAGACCCCGCCACAGCCGCCGCUCACGAGAGGCAAAUCAUGCAAUGGCUCGAAUACCUGCUUAUCGGCUCGGCAGGGCUGUGGUGGAUGCGGGAAUUAGACCGCGUCGACCGACGACUAGGCGGCCUAUCCGAGGUCCUGGCCGACUUGGAACGGCGCUUCCGCCUCAACCCGUUCGUGGCGGCGGUUAAGUUUGAGUAUGGCAAGCUUAGCCUGCGGGAGAUCGCCUUCGACAGGAACAGGCCGAUGCAGUUCGUCCAGAGGAAGCUGCGGUAUGCGAGAGCGAUGAAGCGCCUGGACGAGGAGAAUACCGAGUGGGUGUUUGUCAUGCUGCAGGUCUGGUUUAGUAUGGACGCCGGGAUUAGAGCCGUCUUGAGCCCUCCUAAUCCGUUGCAUACGUUUGAUGAUUACAUUGAGGAGAUCAAGCAGAGGACUCCGGAUCUCAAGAGCCGGGCGCUGAAAAUUUAUUAUGGAUUGGUAUGGGAAGAUGGAUCAUCAAUCAAUUAAAUUCGACUAUCAAUCAAAUUGGAGGCUUAAACAACAACGAGUCCAUCGAUACGACCGGUGGUGAGUGUCAGGGUAUAGCGGGUCAGGGUGGCUACAGGGGUGUCUACGACUAUAUAAGAGGUGCGAAGCGCCCUCGUCAGAGGAUAGAGGCCAGGCGUUACUAG